AUGCCAAAGGGUUCACCACGUAAAAAUAUGGGACCAUGUGCAGUAUGUGGCAAGGACGACCUUGGAGAAAAGUUUCGCAAAUUGACACCAAAGCUUUUGUCUAAGGCUAUGCAAAGUGAAGCUGCUUCAAACUUAAAGAUACAACUUAAAUUAGAUGACCAGCUAUGUCAUAAACAUUAUAAUAUACAAUCAACAAGAGGGCAAGAUAAUCGUCUUUUUACUUUCGGCAAAGAUUCUGAAAAAGGACUUUCAGAAUUAUUCACACGACAUCAAUUGAUUACGGAAAAUGAACAACCCAUUUUUCAUGUAUAUAACAUUCAAUUAGUGAAUUUUGAUCAUGAAAUUAUUAAUUUAAACUAUCAGCCAUUUAAUAAAAAAAUAGAACUUUCCAAAUUGGAUGCCAUUCUUAUCCGUGAACAUCAUGUUGCUGCACGAAGAAUAGAGAUAACAGAUCUAAUUAAUAAAGCAGUCAAUAUUAUAACUUUUAAUGUUGGUAGUAAUAUAAAUAGUCAACCCCGUAUUCAAGGUGAAGGAGCAGUAUUCGAUCAAUGUGAAAUUGAGAAUGGUGUCUAUAGAUCAAUUAGAUCUAUCUUAACUAUCCUUCUUCCUAUUUGGAAGCAAUCCUCUCCACCUAUACUUAUCCCAGGAGAUACUAUUAAACUAAAACUCGGAGGUAAUGGCCGUAAUGUUGGUCGGAAGCAAAACCACGUAAUGAUGACUAUUUGUCUUCUAAAUGAAGGUAGAAAGGUUUUAGAACCUAAUAAUCAAUAUUGCAUUUGUUUGUAUGUUGGAUAUGAAAAGUAUGAUGUGCUGGCAAAUAUCGGUCGUAUAUUUGAAGAUGAGCUCUUUGACCUUAAGAAUAAUGGUUUUUUUGAUAGCGAUGGA